GCCCCCACCCCACCCCACCCCACCCCAGGGUUGUUCUAAUUAAAUCACUAUCCAUGGAGUACUGAGAUUUUUCCACUCUUCACUCUUCUCCGCCCUCCUCCUCCACAUAAUUCCCCCAAUUCUAAAUGCCAAUCAUUAAUUUUCUUCUCAAUUCUUGCAUUAAUUCCCCCUUUCCCCCUUCCUAAAUCUCUCUCUCUUCCCACUCAUUCCUUCAAAUUCAACAACACAAACCAACCCACUACGCUAUGGCUUUGCCUCAACUCUUACAUUCACCCCCCUCUUCCUCUUCCUCUUCCUUAAUUUCUCACAAAUCCCACUUAAAUCCCACUUAUUCGGCAAAACCCGUCAGUAAUUUUUUCGCUCCGUCGCAGCCACGCCGACUGCGGCGGCGGAGACCCAACUCCCUUUGCUGCUCCGCCUCCUCCUUCUCCGAGAAGCACCACACUAACUCCCCCAAGUCCGAUGACGUUGUUGAACUCCCCCUUUUUCCCCUCCCGCUUGUCCUCUUCCCCGGCGCCAUCCUCCCCCUUCAAAUCUUCGAAUUUCGCUACCGUAUGAUGAUGCACACCCUCCUCCAAACCGACCUCCGCUUUGGCGUUAUCUACACCGAUGCGGCCACUGGGACCGCCGACGUCGGGUGCGUUGGCGAAGUAAUCAAGCACGAGCGCCUCGUGGAUGAUCGAUUCUUCCUCAUAUGCAAGGGCCAGGAGCGUUUCCGCGUCACCAAGUUAGUCCGCACCAAGCCCUAUUUGGUGGCGGAAGUGACUUGGCUGGAGGACCGCCCCUCCGGAGAGGUGGAGGAUUUGGAUGCGCUGGCCAAUGAGGUGGAAAUGUAUAUGAAGGAUGUGAUCAGGUUGUCGAAUCGGUUGAAUGGGAAGCCGGAGAAGGAAGUUCAAGACUUAAGGAGGAAUCUUUUUCCGACACCCUUUUCGUUCUUUGUGGGGAGUACAUUUGAAGGGGCGCCCCGGGAGCAGCAGGCAUUGCUGGAGCUGGAGGAUACGGCGACGAGAUUGAAGAGAGAGAAGGAGACUCUGAGGAAUACGUUGAAUUACUUGACAGCUGCUUCUGCGGUUAAAGAUGUGUUUCCAUCUUCAUGACAAUGUGGAUAUGAGAUGACGGACUAAAUUAUAGCAGUAGAAGGUUGUGAUGCAGCUACCAGUCAGACCUGUAUAACUGGCAAUCCAUCACUUAUUAUACGAAGCCAAUUUCACCAAGAUUUUAGCCUGCAAUAUAUGCCUGUUUAGAAUCACAAUUUCCUGGAGCAUUUUAACCUUGACCCAUGCCUUCGUGUUUUUCUCCU